UCUCUCUCAUCAUUAUCAUCUUGCCUCUUUCAUCCUCAUUCACAUUCAGUAUUCAGUUCAGAGUUACCUGUUAUUACCGGGCUUUCUUGUUUUCAUGUUGGCAAUGUUAACUUGUUGAACCUUCUUGGGAACACUUUUUCCACUUUAACCUCAACUUGUAUUAUAUUUUUGAUUGUUCAACAUUGAUUCAGAUUCAUCUAUUUACUUUACCAGUUAACUGAAUGCAACUUUUCCUGUUAACCUUUACUUGUGUCACACCAUUGAACAACCUGUUUGGAUUAUGAGUUUGAUUUAUAUCCAUAUGAUUAGAUUGAUUCUUGGAUGAAUUUAUACUUCUUUGCACCAUGGAUUAUACUUGCCUUCAUGAUUGCCGUUGUUUUAACAACUCUUUUGGUUGUUCAUUUCUUCAUAACCCUUUGUUUCAUUGAAGACAAUCCAGAUGAUAAAUGUGUUCCCAAUGUUUCCAAAUCUUCCAAAAGGAACCACAAAAAUGUUUCAGGUCAAUAUCAUUAUAAGUUGCCGUCCAGUUUGUGGCUUAAAUGGCCUAAACGGAAAAGAUCAACAGAGGAAAUUGGAUCUUACAUAAGAUCAAGUUCAUAUUGUGAUUUAAGUGUUACUUCAGCUUCCUAUCAACCCUAUCCAUGGAUUCAGCCUGAAAUGUAUCAGCAAUCUGCCCAUGGGUCUAAUGAACACACGGUAGAUGGAUUGAGGAAACAUUCAAGUUUUGAUAGUUUAACGACAACCACAACUGAUACAGAUUUUUACCGAGACUGGAGGCAUUCAAUUGAAUUUGGUGAUUUCACUGAAUAUUUCAAUACCAAUGUUGAUCCCAAGUACAAAGAUAACAACCAAAAUGUCAUCUACAUUUAAAUUAUUACCUUUAUAUUAAUAUAUAAAUAUACAUAUAAAUAAUAUAUUUCUAAAUUAAUCAAUUCUAACAAUGUAACAACUAAAUGAUACUUCAGUUAUGCUGUGUUCAUCUUGGACCAUUUCAAAUGGAAGUGGCACGUUCAUCACAAUCCAAAGUGCAAUGUUGAUAAACUAACUUUGUAACAAGUAAAUAUGUUAUCCAAUCAAAUAAAUCAAAUAAUCAGAUGUUGGAAUAUAUUUUGGAAAAGAUUUAAUCAUUUUUCCUUCCUUUCCCUAAAUUAUUGUACAAUAACAAUUGAACUCUUUUUUUUCCAAAUAAACCAUGAAUUCAAUGAUAA